CAAAAAGCGGCCGUUUUUCCCGGUGAGCGACUGCAUGUACGGCCGUUGCCUUCUUACUUUCCCUUACGACGCUGACCACCAAAAUGCUCUUACCGUGAACAGCUCCACUUUUUGUUUUGGUUUUUAAAAAAAUAUUUUGGUCAACUUUUAAAACUGCCCUGGCGGAUGAAAAGAGAAUUCUACGACACUUGACCGAAGUUUGCGAGGAAGUCAAGCAGGUGGUACGGCGUCGGCGUCGGCGGCGUCGUCCUCGUCCUCGUCGGGAGUCAAGAAGUCAAGAAGUGUCGCUGAAGUGUGACCGAAGCGUGAGCUUGUCGCUUGUCACCAGAGUGUGAUAACGAGACAACAUGUCCAAAAUGUCCCAGGAGAGUUACGCCGCCCUGGACGAGUCCUCUCUCCGAGCUUUGCUGGAUGGAACCGCGGAUCUGGACGAGAGACGCAUCAUCCGUUCAGCCAUCCGCGAGUUGAGGAGGCAAGAGAUCGAGGACAUGGAGGCCGCGCUGGCCAGCAAGAGGUUUCGCCACACACGACUCAAACAGCAGGAGGACAAGGAAAACCAGCACAGGUCAGAAUCCAGUGAGGCCUUGGCUGUCCUGUCACACAAACUAAAAGCAAUCAGAGAUGUCGACGAACUCACCAAGAUGCUUCGUGCUGCCAGCGAAUACGAGGAGAGGAAGAUGAUCAGAGCAGCCAUUCGGCAAAUCAGAGACGAACAGCAACAAGUGGAGAGAGUUAAAGACCCUGGUCGCGGCCUGGAGACAGAGAGUCUGGAGACCCAGAGCAUCAAGGGGACUGUGGGGAGAGAGCAGGACUGUGAACAAGACCACAUCAAAUCUCAGAUCCGUGAGUUGCGUGGCCAGCAGACGAACCUAAGCAGAGAACUACAGAGACUAGGCUCAAACUCCGGCAUGGUGCUCGUUCUUGACCACCUGGUGAAAGAGGAUGGCUCUGGACCUCUGCUGAUUCAGCCCCAGAGAGAAGCGGUGGCCACAGAGCCUAACCUGGUCCUGACCAGCCGUCAGAGAUCCGAUUCUACAGUUUCAGACUGCAGCGUGGCCUCUUUACUUUCCAGAUCCAAUAUGGAUUCUGUGACUACAGAAAAGAGCCUGAGCUUGACCUACAGAGCUCGUUCAGACUCUGGAGCCUCAGACAGAAGCGAGCGCUCCUCUCAGCGCAGCAGACAAGACUCUGGCGCCUCAGAGCACACUAUCGACUCCCAAUCUUGCAUCAAUCAAACACCGGGCUCAGAUGUCCCUGAUUCUUUUGUCAGGAACCCUUUAUAUUCUGGAGUUUUUGACAGCAUUGAUUUGUCAAGAAAACGCAAUGACUCUGUCACGUCAGAUCGCAGUGUGAGUAUGUCCUCUGAAGAGCGGUGUCCAGCAGAGGAAGAGGAGGUGGAUACGAGCAUCUCGGCUCACAGUACCGACUCAGAAACUGAGACCAGAAGCCAAGGUGUAGACACCCUCCAGAGCCACCUUGUCGACCAGGAUCUUCCGGAUGGGUCUGUCUUGUCUCGCAGAACGCUUGAAACUGGCCCGGUCAAUGGUGUUGCUGAAGGAAAACACGAUGAGACGCCACCAUGUGAUGGAACCUUCACUCAAGCAAAGGAUGCCGCACCUGAAAAGAAAGAUGUUCUGCCAGAACAGUCCAAGCGCAGCAACUCUGUACGCGAUCGGAUGCGCAAGUUCAACGAGGCCAGUCAGACCGCGAUAUUCCCUGCCUUGAGGAAGACUCCUCUGAGCAGCAGCGGCCAGACAAACUUCUCCAGAUCUGCGGAGCGGUUUACUCCCCCUGCAACAUCCCUCAUCUCCUCUGGCAACAGGCCAGCUUGGGCGCGCGUCGACACUGCAGCUCGCACCUCCGUCGCAUCCAAGGGUCAGGCCGCACCUCAGCUCAGAGGCGGGGCUAACAAACCCCUGUCUUCAACCGGCCAAUCCCUGCAGUCCAUGGGUGGUACAAGGCACCCGGCUGAAAAGAGUGGGCCCGUCUUGAGGGAUUCAAAGGAAGGCCAGACCCCAGGGAGAGAAGCUGGACAGCAGCAUACCCAAGAAGAGGCAGACACAGACAUGAAGACCUUCCUCACCAUUGAGAUCAAGGAUGGUCGCACCGCGUCCUCCCAGAGGGGCAACGUUGUCCCCGUCAGCAACAUGACCCCGCGCAUCACCACUAAUGCUCUGGGGCAGAGAACAGAUCUGACCUUUGGCCUCAGAGCUACGCCAUUCAAGAUCUCCUCUUCCUCCAGCAUCUCUUCCAGAUCCUCCAUCAAGAUGGAGACAGAGCCUGUCGCCGCGUCAGAGCUGACGUUUUCAUCCGGGCCCUCAGUCCAGGUGCACAUGCCCACCAUCCCAAAUGGUUCCACGAUCCAGACUAACGCCGAGGAGUGUCCCGGAAAACUGACUGCUGACCAGUUGGCUGCCAUUGAGGAUGAAGAGCUCCUUGAUAAAAUGCUUGACGAGUCCAAAGAUUUUGAGGAGAGGAAAAUGAUCCGUGCAGCCAUGAGGGACCUUCGCAAGAAAAAGAGAGAAGCCAUGCUGGGGUGUACUCAAGAGGAAAUAGACCAGAGGGAAAAAGAACGCGACACUCGCCUGCAGGAGCUGCGGCAGCAAAGAGACGAGCGUUCAAACAAAAGUCGUGCAGGAGUCGGCGCGGGAGAAGUGGUGAUGAGGAAGGUGGAGAAGUCUGCAGAUGGCUCCACCCUUAGCCAAGUCACCAAGACGGACCGCUUCGCUCAGUCCGAUGAUGGGAGCAGAUCGUCUCGCAGCACUGUUGUUGAAGCUAGUUAUGUGCAGAAAACAGACAGAGGGACAGUCCAGUCUAAAUCAUACAGCUACACAUCUUCAUCCUCCUCUAAUACAAGCAAAAAAGUAGGCAGCGUGUUUGACCGCGAGGAUGAGUCGUCGUCGCGCAGCGGCGGGUUGGCCGCGGUGGAGCGAAGGCAGGCCGAGAGGCGCAGGGAGCUGAUGAGGGCGCAGACUUUGCCCAAGACCUCGGCCAUGCAGGCUCGCAAAGCCAUGAUAGAGAAGCUGGAGAAGGAGGGAAGCAGCGCGGGACAUCAGGUGGUCUCCAAAGUAAACAAGGUGCAGCGGUCCACCAGCUUUGGUGUACCUAACGCUAAUUCCAUCAAGCAGAUGCUGCUCGACUGGUGCCGUGCCAAGACCCGCUCAUAUGAGCAUGUGGAUAUCCAAAACUUUUCAUCCAGCUGGAGCAACGGCAUGGCAUUCUGCGCCCUGGUGCACAACUUCUUUCCGGAGGCCUUCGACUACAGCUCCCUGAGUCCCAGCAACCGCAGGCAAAACUUUGAGGUGGCCUUCAGCAAUGCCGAGACAUACGCCAACUGCAUGCCUCUGCUGGAAGUGGAGGACAUGAUGAUCAUGGGGAACAAACCCGACUCCAAGUGCGUGUUCACCUACGUGCAGUCUCUGGUCAACCACUUGCGCAGGCACGAGAUGGCCAUGGGUCGGCCCUCUGACCUUUGACCUGUGCAUCGUGAAGACCGUUGAGCCUCGGUGUGGUGGGUCACACCUUCACGAACCAACAUGGCAGGGUGGAUUGAGUGUUUAAUAUUUCAGUCAGCAAUGUUGGUGUUGUCCUCUCCUGGAAAAAAAAAAUCACAUACUAUGUAUUUUCCAACAAAAUACUGUUGAAGGAGCUGCACUACCUUUUUAAAUGUAAUUUUUAGCACAAGCACCAGUUUGUUGCUUUUAAAAUUUCAGUCUUAUCCAUACUAGUGACACGCAACGAGAGAGGCAACAAUAUACUGUACACUACUUUUUAACUUAUUUAUACAUUUAUCGUAAAUGCAAUGUCAUCAAUCCCACUAAACAAGAAUUCUUGAGAUGCAUUAUUUCAGUUUAAUGUUGGUACAGUAAAUAUUUUUUGUGACCCACCUUGGGUCACUUUAUUAUUAAGAUUUAAGUUAUUAUUAUUCUCCUGGUGUCUUCAUUUAGCAUAUUUUUUUUAAUUUAAUACCUUCGCACUGGUUCUUUUUGUAAUUUCAGUGUAAGCUCAACUGUCUAAAUUUACUGAAAACACACAUCAGGUUCGGACAAAACUGUGUGGUCUGUGAUCGUGCCACCAUCACGCUUGUUUAUUCUUAAUAAUGGGAUUUGGAGGGGGGCGUGAAAGUGCUAACUCUAGUAGUUGUAGAUUUAAAAAAAAAAAUUAAAAAAAAAUACGGUUGCAUUUGAGGGCCUAAUGAGCUCCAGCUCUCAGUUGAGACACAACU